AGAAAACAAUAAACUAUCCUAAAUAAAUAUUAAACAGAUUUAUCCUAAACAAAAUGGUUAUAUCCAAGAAAACAAUUGUUAAAUCACUGGCUCUUGUAGCCAUUAUAUGUAUUGUUAUGUGCACAACUGAAGCUACAAAUAUAGGGGGUGGAGCUAUGGCCACAGACCGCAAGGGUUGUACCUCGGGAGCAUGUGAAGGUCAAGCUAACCCAUACACACCAGGUUGUGAAAGUGGCGAAAAAUGUCGUGGGAGUUGAGAUUACGACAAUAAUUUCUUGUAAAUGAAAAACUUGUGACCCGAAUAAUAAUUGAUUUUAUAAUUACUUCUGAAACUACCAAAUACAUAAUUGUUGAUAU